ACAACCGCAACCGCAAUAUUUAGUAUUAGUCUUACAUCCGUGCAUGUUACGCGCGCUCGUCGCAUACGCGUUAACACGUCGUAUAAUAAUUUAUAAUAUAAUAAUAUCCCAAACGGAUAAAAUCCGUAAAUUAUUAUCCACUAUACCAAGUUGUAUUCCCAUAAUUUUAUUAUUUUUUUUUCUUUCGAGCUGCGUCACAUUUAUAUAUUUUUUUUAAAUUUGACAAACGCACAUAUUCAUACAUAUGUGUAUUAUUAAUUUUGUUUAAACAUUUUUUACACGAUUCAUUGUGAGACAUUAAUACAACAUAUAACAACAAUAAUCAUAUCAUCUGCUGUGGUGAUCAGUCGGUGUUUCAACGGCCGCACGCUCGUUUACCGCCGCCAACGACCGUUUUCUAGGUUAUGUUUAAUGAUAACCAGUUGUCUGAACAGUGAUAAUACAUAAAAUAAGCGAUCGACGGACCUGUGGAACGACCGUCGUUAGACGGGUACGAAUCAAAUGCGCUAUCGUUUAGCUGACCAGUAUUCGGGGCGUGUAUGAUUCAGUGUUAUCGGUUCGCCGAUGAUGUCAACCCGGACGCUGAUUAUGACUGAUUCGAAAUGGUAACGCGUCGAAAUAAGUUGCUUUCAAAAAUGGAGCUAUUGGUUUGCAGGUGAAAUGCGGAACGGUCGACCGAAGGCGGCGGUCUUAAUCUUGUUGCUCGCGUUGUUUGUUCUGACCGGACCCCCUCGGAUGCUGGCGGAUAGUACCGGCAACUCUUCGUCCGCAGCCGCCGUCGCCUAUAUCUCGUCUGCGAACACCACCAUCGCCCUGACAGCCGAUAACGUUACGACCACUGCCUUUGCCGCCUCCAGUACAAUAUUGCGGAACCUGACGAUCGGCUAUCUAACUGCGGCCAAGGGUAAAUUGGACAACCGACAAGGCCUGUCCAUUUCAGGAGCCCUAAGUUUGGCACUCGAGGAAAUCGAGAGUGAUCCACACCUGUUGCCCAAUGUGUCGUUGUUAUUGAAAUGGGAGGACACGCAUGGCGAGACAGUGCACGCGACCAAAACGAUCACGCAAAUGAUAUGCGACAAGGUGGCCGUGUUUUUCGGACCUGAGGGCAAUACUUGUUAUACUGAGGCGAUAGUCGCGCAGGCGUGGAACAUUCCAAUGAUCAGCUAUAAAUGUGCCGAUUACCAAGCAUCAAAAGUACCGACGUUUGCUCGAACCGAACCUCCGGACACACAAAUCACCAAAUCAAUUAUUUCCUUGUUGAGAUAUUACAACUGGAAGAAGUUCAGCAUAAUCACAGAAGAACCAUGGAAUAACGUAGCUGAUUCUUUAAAAAUCCAAGCGUUAUCCGCCAACAUGACCAUAAACCAUUUUAAGACGAUUGUCGAUCCGCACCAGUGCUGCGAACAAGAUCAGUCGUGCUGCAACGUUGGGCACUGGUACUCACUAGUACAAGAAACCAUGGUCAAUACCAGAAUUUACGUAUUUUUGGGUGUUGCUAAAUCACUGGUGGACAUGAUGAACACAAUGCAUGCCUUACAGUUAUUUGACAACGGUGAUUACAUGGUCAUUUUUGCGGACACUAAGAUCAACACUUGGAAAGACUCCCAACAAUAUUUGUGGAAGCAACGUGAUUCGUUAGACAUGUCAAAUUGUAUGGAAGAGAAAAAUUUUCUUAAGCGUGCUCGUUCGUUGUUGGUUAUCGUUGCCUCGCCACCGUCACCAGAAAAAUAUGAAGUUUUCACAAAGAAAGUAUCAGAAUACACCAGUAAAGAACCGUUUAAAUUUCAAACACCAAUCGUGUUUAAAAAUGCGUCAUAUUCCAAGUUUGUGUCCAUUUAUGCUGCCUAUUUGUACGAUUCGGUUAUGUUAUAUGCACGAACAUUAGAUCUUUUACUUAGAGAUAAAGCAAAUGGCCGGGAAUUAACAGGUGAAAUAAUUGAUGAAGUAGCUUACAAUGGAACACUAAUCAUUGAAACACUUGUCAAUAAUAUAACAUACCAGAGCAUUACUGGUGCAACAAUCAAAUUAGAUAAAAAUGGUGAUUCGGAAGGAAACUAUUCAGUGAUAGCGUUGAAAUCACACGAUUUUCAAUACCAUUUGAAUGAAGGAAAUUUUUCUUGCCCAUAUUAUAUGAUUCCAGUGGCUCAGUUCUACCACGGUGAAUUACUGGAGUAUAAAUUGAAUUCUCCUAAUUUGAAAAUUGAAUGGCCUGGUAAAAGUCGACCAGACGAUGAACCGAGUUGUGGCUUCAACAAUGAAUUGUGCAAAAAAAAUGACAUGGAAAAGAGCUCUAUUAUAGUUGCUACAAUUUUGGGACUAACUUUAUUCUGUGCAUUUGUCAUCACCCUGUCGAUAUAUAGAAAAUGGAAAAUAGAAUUAGAAAUUGAAGGACUGUUGUGGAAAAUAGACCCAUCAGAUCUGCUUGGAUACUAUAAUAAAGAUAUUGUUUCAUCUCCUAGCAAAUUGAGUUUGGUUUCGGCUACCUCAUACGAAUCCCGUUGUGGACCUCAAGUUUUUGCAACUACUGGUCAUUAUCGUAACAUAACAGUGAGAAUUAAAGAAUUGAAGUUUUCAAAGCGCAAAGACAUUUCUAGAGAACAAAUGAAAGAAAUGAGACUAUUGAGAGAUUUGAAACACAGCAACGUAAAUUCAUUUAUCGGUGCUACUAUUGAACCAUUACGAAUACUUAUAGUUACCGAUUAUUGUGCUAAAGGAAGUCUCUAUGAUAUAGUAGAAAAUGAAGAUAUUAAACUAGACAAAAUGUUUAUCACAUCUUUAGUUCACGAUCUCAUCAGAGGUAUGAUAUUUAUACACAACUCGCCUUUAGGUUGUCAUGGAAACUUAAAAUCAUCUAAUUGUAUUGUAACUAGUCGUUGGGUAUUGCAAGUCACUGAUUUUGGUCUACAUGAUUUAAGGCAAGGUGCAGAAAACGACUCUAUUGGUGAACAUCAGUAUUUUAGAAAUUUGUUAUGGAAAGCUCCAGAGUUAUUGAGAAACCCUAGUGCAUCCAUAAAAGGUACACAAAAAGGGGAUGUAUACGCAUUUUCUAUUAUCUUGCAUGAAAUAAUGUGUCGACGAGGUCCUUUUGGUGCUUGCGGCGUCGAAGAUCCUAAAGAAAUUGUAAGACUGGUUAAGUUAGGUUAUGAUGAAAUAAAUGGUGUGCCACUGAGGCCAAGUAUACACCAUUUAAGAGACUGUGAAGUGGCAGAAGACUAUGUCAUUCAAUGCAUUACUGAUUGUUGGGAUGAAUACCCAGAAAAUAGACCAGACUUUAGCAUGAUACGUGCUAGACUCAAAAAAAUGAAAGAUGGAAAACGUAAAAAUAUAAUGGAUCAAAUGUUGGACAUUAUGGAAAAAUAUGCUAACGAUCUUGAAAAUCUAGUCGAACAACGUACACAUGAAGUUUAUGAAUCAAAACAAAAAACUGAAGAUUUAUUACAUCGAAUGCUACCACCGCCAGUAGCAAAACAAUUGACUCUUGGACACAGUAUUGAACCAGAAUCAUACAAAUCAGUUACCAUUUACUUUAGUGAUAUUGUUGGUUUUACUGCAAUGUCUGCUGAGAGUACUCCUUUACAGGUUGUAAAUUUUUUAAAUGAUCUUUACACAUUAUUUGACAAAAUCAUUAAAGGCUAUGAUGUUUACAAAGUUGAAACAAUAGGAGAUGCAUACAUGGUGGUGUCAGGGUUGCCUAUUAGAAAUGGUAAUAGAAAUGCUGGUGAAAUAGCUUCAAUGUCAUUAAAUUUACUCGAAGCCAUAAAACAUCACAAAAUAGCACAUCACCCAGAAACUACAUUAAAAUUACGAAUAGGAAUUCAUACAGGACCUGUAGUAGCUGGUGUAGUUGGUCUCACAAUGCCUAGGUAUUGUUUAUUUGGCGAUACUGUAAAUACAGCCUCACGAAUGGAAUCUAAUGGUGAACCAUUAAAAAUUCACAUAAGUGAACAAUGUAAAAAUGCUCUUGAUGAAUUGGGAGGAUAUAUAAUUAAAGAACGUGGAUAUGUUAACAUGAAAGGAAAAGGAGAUGUGCUCACUUAUUGGCUUGAAGGGACAAAUGAAAAAGCUAUUAAAAGAAGAGAUGCGGAUUUUACUGAAUCACCACCUCUGUUUUGUGGAUCAAAACGCCACAUUCCGAAAUUAUAUAACUUUGGAGAACACGGCAGUAGACGUCCAUCAUUUGCGCCACGAGGAAAUUCAUUUGAUCAAAAUGCCAAGGACAGUCAGACUAUACUCCAUGAACAACGGCCAACUCCUAUACCUCAUAUUCUGCUUGAACCACAAUGUAAACAAAUGGUACAUUCUACAUCUAUGGAUCCAUUCCCAAACAAACACAUUAGCAGAGUGAGCUCAAUGAUCAAAAGAAGUUGUCGUUCAUUAGAGGAUUCAAAACUUCUUAAUGAUCAAUGCACAAAAGAAGAAAACUGUGAAGAUAGUGUUGAGGAAACUGUAGUUAAUGGAAGCCUUCAAUACACCCCUUUAUUAUCAAUAGAAGAUAAUAAACGAUGGCAUUCAUUCGAAGACAUUUCCAUGGAACCGCAUAGAAAGAAAUUGGUUUCAAGAAAUUCAAUUAGGAGUUGGUUGGUUGGAUUAUUUAAUGGCACUGCUACAUCUUGUCGAACUAGUGAAGUAUCAUUACGUAAAACGUAUUCAGACAGGCAACAGAUUGUUGACAAGGAGAGUGUAGUUUAAAUCAAUAAGUAUCAAACUAGGUUUGAAAAUAAUUUCAGGUAAAAUUAUCACUAAAAAAACUUAAUAAUAAGGA